AUGACAAAACUGACUGAAGAUGUCGACUACGAUGCCAGCGAAACGUCUGAGAAUAUACCGCAACAGCCCUCCCCGCCGCGCCUCAUCUCGGAGACGGCCCGUCGGAAGGCCAGUUCAAUGGAUCCGAUGGAGUACUACCCGAUGGCUAGUCCGAGACGAGGAAUCUGCCUGCUGAUCAACAAUAUGACGUUCUGGGACGAUGACGACAAGCUAUCCGUAGGUUCGGCUGAGAACCCUCAUACUCAGCAGGGCAGCAGCCUGUUUUACGAUCUGUAUCAACGGUCAUUUCGGCGUAUUGCCUUCACGUCUAGGGCGUCUGAGAAGGGAGACAGGUUUUGA